AUGGUUGCGUGGACAGAUGAAGAGCGUGCUACCAUCACCGACAUCUUUGGAAAAAUUAACUACGACGUAGUCGGGCCCAAUUGUCUGGCCAGGUGUCUCAUCGUGUACCCCUGGACCCAGCGGUAUUUCGGUUCCUUCGGAAACUUGUACAAUGCCGCUGCUAUCAUGGGUAACCCCAUGGUGGCCGCUCAUGGUACUGUUGUACUUCACGGACUGGACCGUGCUAUGAAGAACAUGGACGACAUCAAGGCCACCUACGCUGAGCUGAGCGUGCUGCAUUCCGAGAAACUGCACGUGGAUCCUGAUAACUUCAGGCUCCUGGCCGACUGCCUCACCAUCGUCAUUGCUGCGCAGUUGGGAAAUGCUUUCACACCCGAUGUCCAGGCUACCUGGCAGAAGUUCCUGGCUGUUGUCGUCUCCGCUCUCUGCAGACAGUAUCACUAA